CGGCUGUUGCCAAAAUACCGUAGCUCGCCGGGCAGGCGUCCUCUGACCAGUUGUGUUCAGUUCGGAAAACCUCGCAUUAAAAUUUGGAUACGUGGUUAGAUAGCGUCAAGCUAGAUCAUGAAUACCUUUUUGUCUCGGGGUAAUGCACUGCUUGCUUUCACAUUGUCGGUACUCGCAUCCUUAACUUUUUGCUGUUUUGCGUCCACAUUCUUCAACGAUAAUAGUCGGACUGCUAACGUGAAGACGGUUCAGGUGGUUGUGAAGAACGUGGCCGACUACAGUGCCUCCCGCGAGAAGAAUGACCUGGGCUUCCUGACGUUCGACCUGGAGGCGGACCUGACGUCUGUGUUCAACUGGAAUGCCAAGCAGCUGUUCCUGUACCUUGUGGCCGAGUACCAGACGCCGAAGAACACACUCAACCAGGUGGUGCUCUGGGACAAGAUAAUCUUGCGCGGAGAGAACGCCAAGCUUGAUGUCAAGGGCAUCAACACCAAGUACUACUUCUGGGACGACGGCAACGGCCUCCGGGACAACAAAAACGUGACGUUAUCUCUACGGUGGAACGUGAUUCCGAACGCGGGUCUGCUUCCGAAUGUGGCGGCGCAAGGCGUGCACACGUUCGCUUUCCCCGCGCAGUACGCUACGGCCAGGAGAGCCUGAGCCCGCCGGCCGCGAGUGCCAUCUUUUGUUCAUAGUUGGAACUGAUGAUUUUGCGUGUACGAACCAGAUGCGCCUGCCCCGUUCAGAGGAAAUGCCAAGCUGCAGAUGGCGUGUUUGCUCGAGCAUACAUGCGGUCAGGGUGGCUUGGUGCUGUAUAUAUUUGAUGCGUGUGCCUCGAGGUACGCAGCGGUGGACGAUAACAGGCGCGCUUCUCAAAGGGUACUGCUGGGACAUUUUGUCAGACCCAUUGGAUUGGAUUGGCAAUGUUCAAUUCAGGAAACCCGAAGUGUCGAAGCUGGCGUUGUUUGCAGAAUCGGGUCGAGCACAUCUUCUUACUGUUCUCCUAACCUUUCCUGAACUGUGUACAGGCUUUUCCGCGCGCGCCACCCGUUUUGAGAGCUGGUGCUCUUCCCAUGGCGUGGCAACCCAAGCUGCACGGUGUCCGUCUCACCGAGCCCCAGUGCGUGCAAGUUGAGCAGCAGGCUGGGGGACCAUGCAUUGCAAAAUCAACGGGCAUCGUCCCAGUUGUGCAUUUCUUGAGGUGCUGCUUGCUGGUGCGGGGACUCGGAAUGCCAGCGGUGGUGUUUUGAGGCGUCUGCUCGUGCCGAUCUCAACAGCGCGUGCGGUUGUUGGGUGCACCUUCUCAACCUUUGAACAUUGCGUUGGUGGGUGGGUGGUUUGAUGCCGGUUGCUGGGUGGCAAUCUGGUUAUCUUUUUGCACGGACUUGUGGGUGCUGAUUUAGAUAUGUCGGAGCGCGGACUAUUUGUGCAUAUAUUGUGCAUUUGAAUAAAACAAUGGAGCUGGUCGGGAAAC